AAACAAAAUACCGUUCCAUUUUUAACCCCUGACAUGGCACACAUCAUCUCUUUUUAUGUGGCAUCCCCUGGUGAUUACAGUUUUUUUCAGUCGCUAACAAGCGUUUGUCCAAACAGUUGUCACAUUUGCAAAACUCUAAACACAAUUAGCACAGCAUCGGUCUGUUGUGGCCAUACCAUUCACACAUUUCAUGUCGUGUUCACCCAAUAUGCAGUCAGUGAACACAUUUCCACAAUGCUUACAUUUUCUUAACAGACAAGCUAUACCUCCCAACAAAAUUAUGGACUGUUUUUGUAGUAUUUACGAAUGUUAACACACAACAUCCCACAAUAGCAAAAACAAUAUUCCAAACCUUAGAUACAGUAUAAAAACCUCUGCUUCUGCAAUGAUAUCAGUACAAAAACAAUAUCAAUAUCAAAAAUAUAUCUCAGCUGAUAAUAAACAAACAAUUGAAUAAUUGACACACAGCUGAUUUAUGUUGGGUAAAUUGGGCCAACCACAGCUUAUUUCAUUCUGGCUUAGACUCAGUGGGGUUUAUAAGGCAAGACCUUGAGGAGUGAUGUUUUUGGAAACAAAAAAAAGACAAACACUGUAAUGUCUGGUCGAGCAUUUUACAUGGAUUGUUUCUAUUCUCACUUGACAUGUCAAUAUGGUCAUACAGUAAUGCAUAUGUUGAAUUUUUUGUCUUUCUAAAGAAUGCAACGUCUUCCACCCUCUGGGGGAAGAGGAAAGCUCCUCAGUAAUGAUCAGGAGCUUGCCAUUGUAGAAAUGGUUGCUGCAAAUAAUGCAAUAAAACUGCGUGAAAUUCAAACUAGAAUUGUGGCGGACCAUGAGAUAUUUGACAAUAUCGAUAGAAUCAGCCUCACAACCAUUACGCGGACAUUGUCCAAACACAGAGUGCGGAUGAAGCAGCUCUACACUGUUCCCUUUGAGAGGAACAGUGAGAGGGUCAAGGAGCUACGACGACAAUAUGUCCAGAGAGUUAUGGAAUUGGAGGCCAACCAGGCCCCUCAUGAAUUCAUAUACAUCGAUGAGGCAGGAUUCAAUCUGGCCAAAAGGCGUCGACGUGGACGAAAUGUAAUUGGAAAAAGGGCCACAGUUGAUGUGCCAGGACAGAGAGGGGCAAACAUUACCAUGUGUGCAGCAAUUGCAAAUGCAGGAUUACUCCUUCACAGAUGUCAGGUUGGACCCUAUAAUACAGAGCGCUUGCUUGCCUUUCUCAAUGAUCUCCACCAGCGCCUGGUUCCAGAGCAGGGUCAGGAGGGUGAAAACAUGAGGACCUUUGUAAUUACCUGGGACAAUGUGGCUUUCCAUCACUCGCAAGCAAUAACAACAUGGUUUGAAGUCCACCCAAGACUGGUAAGUCUCUUCCUUCCACCCUAUUCACCUUUCCUCAACCCCAUAGAGGAGUUCUUUUCUGCAUGGAGGUGGAAGGUUUAUGACCAUCAGCCACAUGACCAGAUGUCCCUCCUUGAAGCCAUGGAUGCUGGCUCCAGGGACAUCACAGUUGACGAUUGCCAAGGGUGGAUCCGACAUACCAGGCGGUUUUAUCCCAGGUGCAUCGACUUGGAUAACAUCAGAUGUGAUGUUGAUGAAAACAUGUGGCCUAACCCUGAAGAUCGCAGAGAUUAGAUGCAAAUUUUUUGCCUUUUUUUAGUCCCCCUCCCCCUCCCCCCCUUUUUAUCUUGGCUUUUUGCUGUUGUUUUUUUGUUCAGAAUGCUCUUGUGUGUUUCAUGGAUAUUUUGUUCACUGUAAGCAAUACUGUAAAACUUUCUCUGUCCUAUCAUACCGUGUUUCUACUGUACCUCCUGUAGUAAACAGUAAAGAA